AUGUAUUUAACCACCACGCUUGCGUCUUUACCCGCUACUUCUUCGAAUUUUUCUUCACUUCAAACCAUAAAUUUACAGCGAAAACCGUUACCACCUUUACCAAAUAAUUUACAUCAAACUGAUCAAUUUUCUUCACAAAAAUCUUCAAUGCAAUUCUUUUCUCAAAACAAUGUUACUACUACUACUUCUGCUUCAACGACUUCGAUAAUAACUGAUUCCUCGUCGUUUGAACAUGUUCUUCCAGAACGCGUUUCGGAUUUCGCAGCUCAUAUGACUUGUUUCUUGUGGUUUGGUGAUUAUAUCAUGGAUUCUUCUUCGAAAAUACCACCCCCAGGUGGGAAUGGUCACAGGAGGUUUCCCGAUUUUAAACCGAGAGACGCGUUCAAGAAGUUUUGUCGUGACGUUAUUUCGGCCACUCAAGUCUCUCGAUCGGUCAUUCACUUAUCGUUACUAUAUAUUCAUAGGAUGAAGAUAAAUAAUCCUACGAUAAAAGGUCAAAAUGGUUCUGAAUAUAGAACUUUUACUGUGGCUCUUAUGUUGGCUAAUAAAUUUUUGGACGACAAUACUUACACGAAUAAAACUUGGUCUGAAGUUACAAAUAUACCAGUUUGUGAGAUAAAUACUAUGGAAAUGGAAUUUUUGGGCUCUUUGAAUUAUCAAUUAUAUGUUUCAGAGAAACAAUAUUUCGAGUGGGUUCAAAAUUUAUCCACUUACUUUCGAAUUGGUGAUAAUUUUCAUGAUGAUGAUAAUUCUUCCCCGGAUUCUUUUGUGGAUGGAAUGAUGGUAUCUCCUCCAAAAAGAGCCAACGUUUACUCAAUGUAUUCUGUACAAGCUCCUCAACAACAAUCUCAACAACAAGUUUAUGCUCAGACCAUAGCAUAUCCAACUCCUCCAUCCAGUGCUUCAAGUUCUCAACGAGUUUCCGCUUAUUUCAAUAUACCUUCCACUUCUUCCUCUUCAUCAAAUUCUUCUAAUAUGGUAUACUCUAGUCAUUCUUCACAACGUCAAUCUUAUGAAGUACGACAAACUUUUACCAAUGUUACCGUUAGAAACACUCAACCUCAAUAUGUUAUCGAUCCUGUUGGUGUGUUUUAUACAAGACGUGUUCAAUCAAGUCUUAUUAAUGCUCGGUCUGCUUCUUCGGGUUUUCCGGUAAAUAACAUAUCAUUUACUACAACCGUAGUAUGA